AUGUGUUGUUUGUUGGUUUUUGGGGGUUGUUUGUUUUUGUGGGUUUGGGUUUUGGGUGGUAGGUUGGGUUGUGUGGUGGGGGUUGUUUUGUUGUGGGUGGUUGUGUGUGUGGGGUGGUGGGGGUGUUGGGGGUUAGUGGUUUUGGGGGGUUUGGGUGUUUGUGUGUAUGUGUUUGGGGGUUGGGGGGUUGGGUGUGUGUUGUGGGUGAGUUGGUUGGGAUGUGUGUGGUGUUUUUGGUUGAUGGGUAGUGGGUGUGUUUGUUGGGUUGUUUGGGUUGGGUUGUGUGGGUUUUUUUUGGUGUGGGGUGUUGUUUUGGGGGUGUUGGUUUGUUUGGGUUGUGGUUUUUGUGUUGGUGGGGGGGGGGUUUGGGUGUGGGUUUUGUGUGGGUGGUGGUGGGGGGUUUUGGAUGUGGGUGGGUUGUUGUGGGUUUGGGGGUUGGUUUGUGGUUUGUGUGUUGUUUGUUGGUUUGUGUUGUGUUUUGGUGUGUGUGUUUGGUUGGGGGUUUGGGUUGGUGGUUGUUUGUGGUGGUUUUGGUGUUGGUGUUUUUUUUGUGGGGUUGUUGUUGUUGGGGUUGGUGUGGGUGUUGGUGGUGGGGUUGGUGGUGGGUUUGUGGAGGGGGUUGGUGUGGGGAUUGGGUGGGUGGGGUUGUUGGGUGGUUUGGUGGGUGGGGUUUUUGUGGGGGAUUUGUGGUGGGGUUUGUUGGUGUGUUGGUGGUGGGGUUGGUGGUUUUUGUGGUGGUUUUUGGGUGGGGGUGGUGGGUGGGGGGGGGGGGGGGGUGGUGGGGGGUGGUGGGUUGGGGGGUGGGGGUGGGGUGUUUUGGUGUUGUUUGGUGGGGGGUGGGGGGGUUGGGGGGGGUGUGGGGGUUGGGGUGUUGUGUGGGUGGUGUGGGGUGGUGGUUGGGGGGGUUGGGGGUUGGGUGUUUGUGUGGUGUUUGUGUUGGUGGUGUUGGUUUGUUUUUUGGGGGUUUUGUGGGUGGGUUGGGUGGUUGGGGGUGGGGUGUGUUGUGGGUUUGGGGGGGGGUGGUUUUGGUUGUUGAUUUGGGGUGGGUGGGGUGGUUGUGGGGGGGUUGGGUGGGGGGUGUUGGGGGGGUUGUUGUGUGUGUGUGUGGGGGGUGUGGGGUGGGGUUGUUUUUGGGGGGGUGUUUGGGGUGGGGGGGGGGUUGGGGGGGGUUGGUUGGUGUGGUUGUGUUGUUGUAUGUGGGGUGGUGGUGUUGGGGGGUGGGGUGUUUUGGGUGGUGGGGGUUGGGUGGUGUGUUUUGUAUGGGUGGUUGGGUGGUUGGUUUUGUUGAGGGGUUGUAUGGGUGUUUGGGUUUUAGGUGGGUUUGGUGGUGUUGUAUUUGGAAUGUGGAUGUGUGUUGGUUUUUGGUGUUGGUGUUUGGGGUUUGUGUGGGUUGGUUUAGUUUUUGAGGAAUGGGGUGUGUUUGGGAAUAUUAUUUGGAGUGUUUUGUUUGUGUGUAUGAAUGAUGAAGGGGGAGGAAAAGGUUUAAUGGAUGGAGGGAUGGAUUAG